CACUGCCCGUCAUCGGAGCUCCAUCCGCUCAUUUUAGUACGCGGCGGUGUGUCGAGUGUGCGUGAUUAUUACGAGUACCGCGUAUACAUAUAUUGUGCAUUCCUAUCAAACAAAAAUCAAUUGAAAAGGCAAUAAAAGUGACAAAUCAUAGAGCUAAUCAUCCGUUUAAAGACUAAAACACAAGUGCCAAAGAAUGGAGCGCAUUCUGAGAGGUGUGAUGCGGUAUCGUAAUACGACGCGCGAGCAAAUGGUCAAAGAGUUCCAGAAAGUGCGCGAUAAUCCCGAGCCAAAGGCCGUGUUCUUCACUUGCAUGGACAGUAGAAUGAUUCCCACCAGGUAUACGGACACUCACGUGGGCGAUAUGUUUGUUGUGAGAAAUGCAGGAAAUCUGAUCCCCCAUGCCCAUCAUUUUACGGAUGAAAUAUUCAGCUGUGAGCCUGCUGCCCUGGAGCUGGGCUGUGUGGUGAAUGAUAUUCGGCAUAUCAUCGUGUGCGGACACAGUGACUGCAAGGCCAUGAAUCUACUGUAUCAGCUAAGGGAUCCGGAAUUCGCCUCCAAGCUAAAUCGACGUCUAUCUCCGUUGCGUUCGUGGCUCUGCACGCAUGCAAACACCAGCUUGGAGAAGUUUCAGGAAUGGCGCGAUGCUGGCAUGAAGGAUCCCAUACUGUUUUCCUCCGAAACGCCACUGCGCCGUUUCGUGGCCUACAUCGACUCGGAGGACAAGUUCGCCAUUGAGGACAAGCUUUCCCAAAUCAAUACGCUGCAGCAGAUGUCGAACAUUGCCUCGUAUGGCUUCCUGAAGGCACGUCUGGAGUCCCAUGAUCUGCAUAUACACGCGCUCUGGUUCGACAUAUACACGGGAGACAUUUACUACUUUAGUCGCGGGGCCAAGCGGUUCAUAGCCGUCGACGAGCACAGCGUGGAUCGUCUGUCUGCUGAGGUCCGAAGGUUCUACUCGUAGGCGGGAUGUAUUUAUGGAUUUUCUGGAU